AUGUCUACCCCCGCGCCGCCUGAGGACCAGGCCCGCCUGCUUGAGGAUGCAUUAAUUGCCGUGCGCCAGCAAACAGCCAUGAUGCGCAAAUGCCUGGAUACUCCCGGGAAGCUUAUGGAUGCCCUCAAGUGCUGCUCGACUCUCGUCUCCGAGCUCCGGACAAGCAGCCUCGGCCCGAAGCAAUACUACGAAUUAUACAUGUCAGUUUUCGAUGCCCUCCGAUAUCUGUCUGUCCACCUGCGCGAAAAUCAUCCCGUCAACCACCUUGCCGAUCUCUACGAACUUGUGCAAUAUGCCGGCAACAUCAUCCCACGCCUAUACCUGAUGAUGACGGUCGGGACGGCCUACAUGUCGGUGGAGGGUGCCCCUGUCAAGGAGCUCAUGAAGGAUAUGAUGGACAUGAGCCGUGGCGUUCAGCACCCCAUACGUGGGCUGUUUCUGCGCUAUUAUCUCAUGGGCCAAGCCAGAGACUAUCUGCCCACCGGCGACUCCGACGGGCCCGAAGGAAACCUCCAGGACUCGAUCAACUUUGUCCUCACCAACUUCGUCGAGAUGAACAAACUGUGGGUGCGUCUCCAGCACCAAGGACAUUCAAGAGAGCGGGACCAGCGGACGCAAGAACGCAAGGAGCUUCAGCUGUUAGUGGGGAGCAACAUCGUGCGACUAAGCCAGCUCGUCGACCUUCCGGCCUACAAGAAUGGCAUCCUCGCGCCCCUGCUCGAGCAGGUUGUCCAAUGUCGAGACGUCUUGGCCCAAGAAUAUCUUCUCGAGGUUAUUACCCAGGUUUUCCCAGACGAGUUCCACCUCUACACAUUGGACCAGUUUCUUGGCGCCGUCUCGAGGCUCAAUCCCCACGUCGACGUCAAGGCUAUUGUGAUAGGCCUGAUGGACAGGCUGUCAAGUUAUGCAGAACGCGAGUCACAGGACGAGACAGAGGAAGACAGGGGCAAGAUGGAGGAGGACGCUUUGACAGAGUUGCUCGAGAAGGUGAAGCUGGGCAAACUGAACGCAGAGUCGCCAAGUACGGAGCCACCAACUGAUACAGCCGAAGUCCCACGAAACGGGGACCAGAAUCCGGAUGAUGCUUCUUCGACAGCGGAAACACUAAAUAAAGACGAUAACCAGCCAGCCCCUUCAGUCGCUGAUACCGAAGCGACCGCAGUGGACAACGCCGAGGCUGAGCCAGCCAAGAAGCGGCGAGGCAUUCCGGAAAACGUCCGGCUGUACGAGAUAUUCUUCGGCCAAGUCAAGAAUCUUGUGCAAGCACAACAUCUCCCCAUUCAAGAUACAAUUGCACUUUGUGUCUCUUUGACAAAUCUCGCCCUCAACAUUUACCCCGAGCGGUUGGACUAUGUCGAUCAAAUCUUCGACUACGCCAACAGCAAGGUGAAGGAGCACGCCAACAGCCCAGAUCUUCAUUCGCAACCAGCGCAGCAAAGUCUUUUGGCGCUUCUCCAGAGCCCGCUCCGGAGAUAUGUGUCCCUUUUUACUGCGCUCUCCCUCCCAACAUAUGUCCCUCUCUUCCAAUCACAGACCUACCCGACUCGGAGGGCGGUAGCCGGCGAGGUAGCCAGGCACCUCCUCAAGAACCACACUUUCAUUUCCACACCCGCACAACUAGAGAAUGUGCUCGAGAUCCUCAAAGUUCUCAUCAAGGAAGGGUCCCAAGCACCAGCGGGUUAUCCCGGCGUCGUCCAGCCCCGCGCCCGUGCCCUCGAGACAGACGAGACAAUGGAAGAGCAAGGCUGGCUUGCCAGACUCAUCCACCUUCUCCACUCCGAAGACAACGACACCCAAUUCCGCCUCUUGCAAAUGACGAGAAAGGCCUACGCCGAAGGCAACGAGCGCAUCCGCACCACCACCCCACCGCUCAUCACCGCCGGCCUCAAGCUCGCGCGCCGCUUCAAGAAGAGGGAGCACUACGACGACAACUGGUCUUCCCAGUCUUCCGCCUUGUUCAAGUUUCUGCACUCUGCCGUCUCAACGCUCUACACAAGAGUCAAUGGCUCCGGCGCGGCGGAGUUGUCUCUGAGACUCUUUUGCUCGUGUGGGCAGGUGGCUGACCAGACGGGUUUUGAGGAGGUGGCGUAUGAGUUUUUUGCGCAGGCCUUUACGGUGUACGAGGAGGCGGUGAGCGAUUCGAAGGCGCAGUUUCAGGCUGUUUGUGUUAUUGCGAGCGCGCUGCACAGGACGAGGAACUUUGGGAAGGAAAAUUAUGAUACGCUGAUUACGAAGUGUGCGCAGCAUGCGAGCAAGCUGUUGAGGAAGCCGGAUCAGUGCAGGGCUGUGUAUUUGGCUAGUCAUUUGUGGUGGGCUACGCCCGGGGCGGGGGAGGAGGAGGAGGGAGGCGGGGAUCUCUAUCGUGACGGCAAGAGGGUGCUCGAGUGUCUGCAGCGGGCGUUGAGGGUGGCGGAUAGCUGCAUGGAGACUGCGACGAGCAUUGAGUUGUUCGUCGAGAUUUUGGACCGUUAUGUGUAUUAUUUUGAUCAGAAGAAUGAGUCGGUCACAACGAAAUACCUCAACGGCCUUAUCGAGCUUAUACACUCCAACCUUGCCGGCAACCAGCAGGACAGCGCGAGUGUGGACGCUAGCAAGAAGCACUUUUUGCAAACGUUGGAGAUUAUCAGGAGUAAGGAGUAUGAGGGGGUGGUGUUGACGCCGAAGUGA